GCUCAUACCUACCAACCACAUAAACAGCUGGGAUCCACCAUCUCCUCCAGCCACAGCCUGUUCCUGAGAGCUAGGAGCUGCUCCUGCCCAAGGCCAGCAGAUCACGCUGUCCUGGUCCCUGGCAACUUGUUCCUGACACAGAUGAGAGUUGCUUGUGUAUGCGUACACUGGCAGUUGGCCCGGUAGCCAGCAUCAUGGAAACAAAUCUGAAAAAUGUCCUUGUGGUCUCCUUUGGCUUCCUUCUCCUCUUCACUGCCUAUGGAGGACUGCAGAAUCUCCAGAGCAGCCUCCACAGCAAGGGUGGCCUGGGAGUGACGACACUCAGUGCGCUCUAUGGUGCUGUCCUCUUGUCCUCCAUGUUCCUCCCACCCAUCCUCAUCAAGAGGUUCGGCUGCAAGUGGACCAUCACAGGUGCCAUGGGCUGUUACGUGGCCUUCUCCCUAGGAAACUUCAAAGACAGCUGGUACACCCUAGUCCCUACCUCGGUGCUGCUGGGGCUGGGUGCGGCACCACUGUGGUCAGCGCAGUGCACCUACCUCACGAUCCUGGGGAACUCGCAAGCGAGGAAGGCGGGCAAGCUUGGCAAGGAUGUGGUGAACAAGUACUUCGGCAUCUUCUUCUUCAUCUUCCAGUCCUCGGGAGUGUGGGGCAACCUCAUCUCCUCUUUGGUGUUUGAACAGACUCCACACAAAGGCUUCACAGAAUUCCUCUUAGAGGAUCAACUCAUGUCCUGUGGGGCCAAAGACUGCCUGAUGUCCACAGUGGCCACCAACACCACCACACAACCUUCGCAGAAGCUGAUCUACACCUUGCUGGGCAUCUACACAGGGAGUGGUGUGCUGGCAAUCCUGCUCAUAGCCAUGUUCCUUGAGCCCAUAGAUGACAACCCACCAAACAGUGAAGGAGAGAAGUCACCGCCAUUCUGGUCCACUCUACUGUCAACCUUCAUGCUGCUCAGAGACAAACGUCUGUGUCUGCUGAUUCUGCUGCCACUAUACAGUGGAUUGCAACAAGGAUUCAUCUCUGGGGAAUACACAAGGUCCUAUGUCACCUGCGCCCUGGGAAUCCAGUUUGUGGGUUACGUGAUGAUCUGCUUCUCAGCUGCCUCCUCAUCGUGUUCUCUGCUGUAUGGAAAGAUCUCCCAGUACACAGGCCGGGCUGUGCUCUACGCGCUGGGCACAGUGACACAUCUUUCCUGCAUUGUCAGCCUCCUGCUGUGGCAGCCACGCACAGCCCAGAUGGCUGUGUUCUUCAUCCUCCCUGGCCUGUGGGGUGUGGCAGAUGCUGUGUGGCAGACGCAGAACAGCGUGAUCUACGGGGUUCUGUUUGAGAAGAACAAGGAAGCAGCCUUUGCCAACUACCGCCUCUGGGAAGCCCUGGGGUUUGUCAUCGCCUUUGGGUACAGCACCUUUUUAUGUGUCAGCACCAAGCUCUACAUUCUGGCAGCAGUCCUGAUUCUGACCAUGGUGGCUUAUGGAAUUGUGGAAUAUCUGGAAUCCAAGAGCCACUCCCAGAUCUCUGUUGCAGGAGGCAGAAGCCAAGUAAAUGAAGGAGAAAGUCAAACAAAUGUGAAAGAGAUUCGCAUUGUAGCUGAAGACCUUAGAAAAUAUUAGCAAAGGGGUUUUAUUUUAAUAUGUGUCAGGUAUAUACUUGCUUCUUCACAGGUAUUUCAGCAAGAUAGUAUAUUUUACUUUUUCUGUAACUUUUUUCUACUCUAUAAAUUUUCAGUUGACUAUUCUUAUCAAUAGACAUCAAGAGUAUACAUAAAAAUAUUAAUUUAAUUUCAGAUGUGAAAGAAACAUAUGGAUAUUUGCCUGGAAGCACCUUGUUAUUAUUUGCUUUUAAGAAUUGGAAAGAUCAUAUAAAAUAAUGUAGUCUAACAUAGUAAUUUGACAGAGGGAUAAAAAAUUUAAGCUUUUAACACUAUAAAUUUUUCUUAUAUCAUAAAUUUUACUAAUAGAUCUAGACAAGUAAAGUUAACAAAGUCACAAAGCCAGAAGAGAGACUUCUGUAACUUACCAUGUGUUUCUAAGGAAAUGCAAUUAUGGACUCAUUUCCUGGACAAAUCCUGUUAUCCGAAAGACAAUCAUAGAUCACAUAACACACAUAUCAUCAGGUAGCUGGCAUGGUGAUGCUCAUAUAUAAUCCUGGCAUUGAGGGAAACUGAAGUCCAAUCUUGCCCAGCCAGGUCAACUCAACAAAUUAGUGACACCUUGUCUCACAAUAAAAAAGAGUUGUAGGGGCUAGGGAUUUGGCUCAGUGGCAUAAGUGCCUGCCUUGAUGCAUAGUCGUGAGUUUGAUCCCCAGUAGCACAAAAAAACCUGGAGACAGGUCAGUGAGAAGACCCUGAAUUAAUUUGAAAAAACAUUAGUAUGUAACUUAGCAUGUUAUAGACCCUCCGAAGUUAUCAAGAAUAAUUUAAUAUGCAAUAUGUUAUAUUUUUUAUUAAGAUGAAAAACUGGACAUAUGUCACAUGUCACAUUCCCAUCUACAUUCCUUGGCAGGGUUGUUGUCAUCCCAAACAGUCCUUUCUCAUCCUUUAUCUUCCUGGAUAAAGGAAGUAAUGCUCUCCACACUUCCUCUUCCCAGCCUGUCUUCUUCUGUCCUGGAACUCUGAUCUCUGGGCCUUGAUACCUCUGGCCAGUCCCUCUCUCCAAUGUGUCCUUCCCUCUUCCUCCUUAGGUUGUGCUCCCAAUUCUCCUUCCUCUUGUGUAAAGGAAGCCUUCCCUGCUGGACCUUAUGAUAAUCACACUUGGGGCAGCAUCUACCCCAGCUGGAACCUGAGCUUUCUGUUAUAUCAUCUGGGCAGCUGCCAAUGUUAGUUGAGAGAAUAAAAGAUAUCAGUAGUUCAAGGAGUUAUUAGCCCUUUCCCAUCUCUCCACGAAGUCUCAGCCAAGCUCCCCUCUGUUCACUCACACAUUCAUUCACUGCUUUCCUACAAUGGAUGCUGGUUUCUGUCUGGAGACUCAGUGGUGAGCUGACUUAGGCACAGACGUUCCUUCAGCCACAGUCAGCCAAGAUAGGGGACAGGCAGGGGUUAAAAAAAAAUGUAACAUUGCAGCAUUCACAAGGCAAUGUCUUGAGGCUUCCUAAGUCACUUGUUCUAGGCUGAGCUUGGCAUGUUUCUUGCUUACAGAGUUCUCCAGCAACGCUCGGUGUCUAUGAUGCCCACAUCCCCCCUCUUGUCACUUAGGCUCACCUGUGCUUGCUUUGUCCACCUGCCCAUUGUUCCAGGAACACAUCCUGGGAUUCUGUUCUCUGCCUGCGGAGUUCUGCUCCCUCUGCCACCUUUUCCCAGCAGAGGCUCUUCCUCUGCCACCUGAGAUACUUAGCAAGAGGCUUUUGUUAAAGCCAAGAACAGCCACUUUGCUCCUGCAGCUUGGGCCCUUUGAGGGCCUCCCCUGAAGAGCACACUCAGGCCCUGACUGCGAUGUUCCAGGCCUCUCAUGAUUCAGCCACAGUUGCCUCCUUAUGCCAGUUUUGGCCCAACUGUACUCUCCAGUAUUUCUCUUAGACUACUGACUCUUUUCCUCACUGGUCCUUGGCUCCUGCCACUUUCUUGUCUGUAUCCAAAUCAUUGUAGUCUCUCAGGCAAAAAUGAAGCACCAUAAUUUCCAGUGACGGGUACCCAUGAGGUACACAUCACUUCUCGCAGCCUUCAGUGACCUACUUCACCGACUGGGAUCAUCCUGUUCCCUAACUUUGACGGCACUUUGUGUCCCUGCACCUUACAGGCUGCUUACAGUUGUCCAUAUGAGAUCCUGACUGUCCUCACACUCCCACAAAAUGCAGCUGGGGUCAUUUCUAAAGGAGUCAGAGCUUGGGAAAUAUUUUCACAGGAGCUGUGUUUGUUACUUUUCUCAUUACUAAGGCAAAAUAUGCAACAUUCAAAGUUAAAAGAGGUAAAGUAUAUUUCAAUUCA